GGCGGGGCGGGGCAUCUCUGUGACGCCGGGGGCUGGGCCUAAAUGGCGACAGCCGAGCGGCGCAGGGGGGGGUUUGAACUGGCCAAUGGGCGAGCUGCCGACCGGGUGUCGGAAGAGGAGGCGGAAGCGGGGAGGAGCCGCCGCCGGAGCCGGACUGCAUCCGCCGCGGCGUCUCCAUGGCACGACCCUGGCCUCCGACUUCAACGACUUCAUAAGGAGGCGUUUCUGGGCGCAGCCGUGUCGCUCCUGGUUUCCAUCGUGCGGGAAGAACGGAGUAACAAGUCUCACGCAGAAAAAGGUCUUGAGAACACCUUGUGGCGCACCCAGUGUCACCGUGACGAAAUCUCAUAAGCGCGGAAUGAAAGGGGACACGGUGAAUGUGCGGCGGAGUGUCCGGGUGAAAACCAAGGUACCUUGGAUGCCCCCUGGAAAAUCAUCCGCCCGGCAUGUGGGAUGCAAGUGGGAGAAUCCGCCGCACUGCCUGGAGAUCACCCCGCCGUCUUCUGAAAAGCUGGUCUCCGUGAUGCGGCUGAGCGAUCUUUCUACUGAAGAUGACGACUCGGGCCACUGCAAAAUGAACCACUACGAUAAGAAGAUUGACAGUCUAAUGAAUGCGGUUGGUUGCCUCAAGUCUGAGGUCAAGAUGCAGAAGGGGGAGCGCCAGAUGGCCAAGCGGUUUCUGGAAGAGCGCAAGGAGGAGCUGGAGGAGGUGGCCCACGAGCUGGCCGAGACCGAGCACGAGAACACGGUGCUGAGGCACAACAUCGAGCGCAUCAAGGAGGAGAAGGACUUCACCGUGCUUCAGAAGAAACACCUCCAGCAGGAGAAGGAGUGCCUCAUGUCCAAACUGGUCGAGGCGGAAAUGGAUGGAGCCGCCGCCGCCAAGCAAGUCAUGGCCCUGAAGGACACCAUCGGCAAGCUGAAAACGGAAAAACAAAUGACCUGCACGGACAUCAACACCCUGACGAGGCAGAAGGAGCUUCUCCUGCAGAAGCUGAGCACAUUCGAAGAGACCAACCGCACCCUUCGAGACCUGCUGAGGGAGCAGCACUGCAAAGAGGAUUCUGAGAGACUGAUGGAACAACAAGGAGCACUACUGAAACGGCUGGCGGAGGCCGACUCGGAGAAAGCGCGCCUGCUGUUAAUGCUGCAAGACAAGGACAAGGAGGUGGAAGAGCUCCUCCAGGAAAUCCAGUGUGAGAAGGCCCAAGCCAAGACAGCAUCUGAGCUCUCCAAGUCCAUGGAGUCCAUGCGUGGGCAUCUGCAGGCACAGCUCCGGUGCAAAGAGGCUGAGAACAGUCGCCUAUGCAUGCAGAUCAAGAACCUUGAGCGAAGUGGGAACCAGCACAAGGCAGAAGUGGAAGCCAUCAUGGAGCAGCUGAAGGAACUGAAGCAAAAGGGAGAUCGAGACAAAGAGGCCUUGAAGAAGGCCAUCCGAGCCCAGAAGGAGCGAGCCGAGAAGAGUGAGGAGUACGCUGAGCAGCUGCACGUGCAACUUGCCGACAAGGAUCUUUAUGUCGCUGAAGCUUUGUCCACUCUGGAGUCCUGGAGGAGCCGCUACAACCAGGUCGUGAAGGACAAGGGAGAUCUCGAGCUGGAAAUCAUUGUCUUGAAUGACCGGGUGACAGAUCUUGUCAACCAACAACAAACCCUGGAAGAGAAGAUGCGGGAGGACAGGGACAGCCUGGUGGAAAGGCUGCACCGGCAGACAGCCGAGUAUUCCGCGUUCAAGCUGGAGAACGAGAGGCUGAAGGCUAGCUUUGCCCCGAUGGAGGACAAGCUCAACCAGGCGCACAUUGAGGUCCAGCAGCUGAAAGCAUCGGUGAAGAACUACGAGGGGAUGAUUGACAACUACAAGAGUCAGGUGAUGAAGACAAGGUUGGAGGCUGACGAAGUGGCUGCCCAGCUCGAACGCUGCGACAAAGAGAACAAGAUCCUGAAAGACGAGAUGAACAAAGAGAUCGAGGCGGCUCGUCGGCAGUUCCAGUCCCAGCUGGCUGACCUUCAGCAGCUGCCCGACAUCCUCAAGAUCACGGAGGCUAAGCUGGCCGAGUGCCAAGACCAGCUGCAGGGCUAUGAGAGGAAGAACAUUGACCUCACAGCCAUCAUAUCAGACCUGCGCAGCCGGAUCGAACACCAGGGGGACAAGCUGGAGAUGGCGAGAGAGAAACAGCAGGCCUCCCAGAAGGAAAAUAAACAGCUGAGUCUGAAGGUGGAUGAACUGGAGAGGAAACUGGAGGCGACCAGUGCCCAGAAUAUCGAGUUCCUACAGGUGAUUGCCAAGAGGGAGGAGGCCAUCCACCAGUCCCAGCUGCGCCUAGAAGAGAAAACAAGGGAAUGUGGGUCCCUGGCGAGGCAGUUGGAGAGCGCUAUUGAAGAUGCCAGGAGGCAGGUGGAACAAACCAAGGAGCAGGCGCUGUCUAAGGAGCGAGCAGCUCAGAGCAAAAUCCUUGACCUUGAGACCCAGUUGAGUAGGACCAAAACGGAACUCAGCCAGCUGCGGAGGAGCCGUGAUGAUGCGGACCGCCGCUACCAGAGCCGGCUGCAGGACCUGAAAGACCGCCUGGAGCAGUCGGAGGGCACCAACCGCAGCAUGCAGAACUACGUCCAGUUCCUCAAGUCAUCCUACGCCAACGUGUUUGGGGAUGGGCCUUAUAGCACCUUUCUGACCAGCUCCCCCAUCCGCUCCCGGUCGCCUCCUGCCUGAGGUGCUUGAUGCCAUGGCAACCCGUGGAGUUGUCAAGCCUGGAGCGGAAGCUUAUUCCUCUUUCUCGCUGCCCUUGAGAAGGCGAGUUCAGGAUCUUGUCCUUAGCACUUGGUUUGCUCCCCUCUGAUGACAGACAGUUGUCAGAUGGGAGUUUCAGUCAUCUUGGCAGGUGUUAAAUUAGCACUAGGUAUAGGUACCAGAAUGGAGCUAUGGUGGCAGGGCCGGGAUGUUCUUCUCCCAACAGGACAUCUGGCCUGGACCUUCUCCUUCGGCUCUCUCAGCUCCCAUCUUUUCAGGAAUCUCUCUGAAGCAGCAGGAGCCCUCCCAGGUCGUGAGCCUCUCUGCUGUCUUCCUCCCUCUCUGAUGUGGGUCGUCUUUGAGGCUCCCGUCUCAAGUUUAGUGGGAGGCUGGCUUGUGCCAGCUCACCUGCCCAAAGCGCUUCCCCACGGUCCUGUGAGGGCUGGCGUCCCUUUGGCCCGGUGCAGGUGUCGUCCCAACUUCACUUUUUUUUUUGCCUGGUUUGUUUCUCGGGGGUGCAUUUAUUCUUGAAGUAUUUGUAUGGUUUUACAAAAUGCUUUUUAUAAUCAGUUGUUUUAUGGCUCCAUUGGAUGAUUUUUUAAAAUCCCAAUCCCUUUUCUAAAAAUAAAAUUCUGUAAGAGCUAGUCAAUGGUUUUCA